GCUCCCUGCUCGGCAGCGGCAGGAGCAGCAGCAGCCAUGAAGUCGCUGUGUCUGGUCACCGUGGGGGUGCUGGCCAUGACGCUGCUCAUCGCCAGCAUCUCCCUGCUGGUCGCGCACGUCUUCCAGACGGUGGUGAAUCUGCAGGUGAAGCAGGGAACAGUCUUGAGGAAUGGCACAGAAACCUUUGAGGCCUGGGAGGACCCUCCCCCCCCAGUCUACAUGCAGUUCUACUUCUUCAAUGUGACAAAUCCUUUGGAAGUGCUCCAAGGCGCCACUCCUCUCGUAGAGGAAAUAGGACCAUACACCUACAGGGAAUACAGGCCAAGAGUGCACGUCCAGUUUUUGGACAACGGAACCAAAGUGUCUGCUCUAAACCCAAAGACUUACGUAUUUGAACCUGAGAAGUCAGUGGGAGACCCUGAAGUGGACCUGAUCAGGACAGUAAAUAUCCCUGCAGUGACUGCCAUGGAGUGGACCAGGGCAAGCCCUCUGCAGUUUGCCACGGAGGUGCUGCUGCUGUUGUACCAGGAGUCGCUGUUCACCGUGCGCAGCGUGCACGAGCUGCUCUGGGGCUACAAGGACAGGCUGCUGGCCACCAUCCACGUCCUGCACCCCGAGAUUGACCCCAUCUUCGGGCUCUUCAGCAAGAUGAAUGGAACUGAUGAUGGAGAAUAUGUUUUCCUGAGUGGGGAAACGAACUACCUGAACUUCUCCAGGAUUGUGGAGUGGAAAGGAAAAGAGUCCUUGAGCUGGUGGACAACAGAGGCAUGUAACAUGAUCAAUGGCACAGAUGGGACGUCCUUUCACCCGCUGAUCAGCAAAGAUGAGAACAUUUACAUCUUUUCUUCAGAUUUCUGCAGGUCCCUGUUCCUGGUGUACGACAGCUCGGGAGCCGUGGCCGGGGUGCCCACGUUCCGCUUCGUGCCCUCCUCCAUGGUGUUUGCCAACACCUCGGUGAACCCGGCCAACGCCGGCUUCUGCGUGCCCGCCGGCAACUGCCCCGGCACCGGCGUGCUCAACGUCAGCGUCUGCAAGCAGGGUGCUCCAAUCUUUCUGUCGGCUCCACAUUUUUACCAGGCAGAUCCGAAGUUUGUAGAGGACAUAGAGGGCAUGCAUCCCAGGAAAGAAUACCAUGAGACGUUUCUGGACAUCAAUCCCCUGACAGGGCUCGUCUUGCAGGCAGCCAAGCGGAUGCAGGUCAACGUUCACGUCCGAAAAUUACCUGAGUUUUUUGAAACCGGCAACAUCCGAACGCUGAUUUUCCCAGUGAUGUAUAUAAAUGAGAGUGUUCUGAUUGAUGAAGCAUCUGCCAGCAAACUCAGGCACGUCCUGCUGGAAGCCAGUGUUGUGACUGGGAUCCCCUUUGUAAUCAUGGCUCUGGGGAUUGUGUUUGGGAUUGUUUUCAUUGUGCUGGCCUGCAGGUCCCAGAGGAUAACUGAAGAGGGAGGGGAAGUUUUAAUAGACUCAGAAUAAACGCGCCAAAGCAAAGGAGCGGAGUUAAUCCGAGGAGCCUGAGCACGGAAGAAGAGAGGUCCCCACUCAUCAGGACGUCCUAGUAGGUUUCAUUCCCCCUGUGAGCUUGGAGAGCAAACCAUUAGAGCUGACCUAACACCGACUGUCCCCUGUGGAGCCACGCUCGUGUCCAGCCGGGACAGAGGUGGAAGGGAUCUGCGCUGUCAGCCGGGGAGGAGACUUUUCUCUCAGCAGCUUUCAAACUCCAUUUGCAAACCGCUCCUGCUUUUCUCAGCCCUGCCCUCCGGCGGCCACGGAGGCUCAGCACCGCCGUUCCCUGCGGGAGUGACGCGGGUGGCAUCGCUGACAGCCCUCCGGGAAGGCAGCGGGCUCCUGGGCAGCCCUGG